UCUAGUAGUUCGGUUGUCUGGGGUGAAGACAUGCUUGUUAGUCUGUGAAGUGAAGCGUGUUAGCUUGAAACGUUUAGUCUUAGAGACAAACAUUAUCUGGAUAUGGCUGCUACUCUGUGUAUUUUCAAAGCUAUUUUCGCCCUAACUGUUUUCCUUAAUUUCGUACAAAUUACACAGAGUGAGGAAGCAUACGGUUGCUAUGGAUCACCUGGAUCACCAUGUACGCAGCAUAAAUUAGUCUGUCCCGUGGGUAAAGUUAUCGCGUUCUAUAAAAUAGCUUAUGGGAAAAAGAAGAGUACAUUGAACUGCCCACGAAUAGAUGUCAACCGAUGCGCAACGCAACCGUGCUGUCGGUUUGAAAAUAGCACUAUGGACAUGGAACCGUUUGUUGAUGCCAGCACAGCGGAUCGUAAAUUUGUUAAUAAUCAAUGUUCCAACGAACGAACAUGUACGAUAACAUCGCCGUAUACGCCUGGAGCUGAUUACAGCUACGUGUAUUACUGGUACGGCUGCAUUCCAUCCGCUACCAACUUUAACAUCAAAAACAUCACGAACUUGACAACCACCAAAGAGUUUCUCCUUUAUGUCUCUGGUGAGCAAAUGCCAGAACCGGGUCUAUCAUGUGCCUGCGACGUUACCAGUACAUCUCAGAUCCGUAUCGCCAGUUUAUAUGUCAAUUUAAAUGGAGGGUCUUGUCGAAAGGUUAAAAUAUCUUCAGGGAAUAAGAUUCUGUUCAACUGUACCGACCAAGGAAAAGUGGUGUUCUUUCAGUACCUUGAUAUUACCGGCAACAACAUCAAAUUCAGCAUACAGUCAGCAUCACUUUUACCUGACGAUAUAGUAUGGCUUUAUUUUCACGUGGAUUCAGGAUUAAUGGAUAUAACAUGUGAUGGCUGCAAAAACGUUGUUCCAGCAAUGACAGAGUUUCGCUUGGUUGGCGGAAAAUCGAAGUUUGAAGGACGAGUAGAAAUAAAAUACAACAGCACUUGGGGAACCAUUUGUGAUGACGGCUGGGGAAAAGAAGAGGAAUCAGUCGUCUGUAGGAGUCUAGGUUUCAAUCCAUCUAACACCAAGGCCGGUCAUGUUUACGGAGGUACUGGACCUAUUUGGUUAAAUAAUAUUAUGUGUGCUGGUUCAGAAAAUUCGUUGGCCGAAUGUCGACAUGAUGGAUGGGGUGUACAUAACUGCAAUCAUAGGGAAGAUGUCGCUGUUGUUUGCAAAGAUAUUUCUUACCGUCUAGUAAAUGGACCUGGCUACCAUGCAGGGAGACUAGAGGUCUUCUUUGACAACCAAUGGGGUACAGUUUGUGAUCAUAUGUUUGGACCAGAGGAGGCGAGCGUAGUCUGUAGACAGUUAGGAUUAAGCCCAUUACGAGCAAACGCGAUACCAGGUGCUUUCUACGGCAGGGGAACCGGUACUGUUUGGUUAGAUCACGUGGCUUGCGUUGGAACAGAGCCUGCGUUAGACAAGUGUAUACAUCAUGGAUGGGGCAGAAAUAACUGUAGUCACAACGAAGAUGUCUCCGUUGUAUGUCAACCUGCAUCAUACAGACUAGUGGGCAGUAAUGUACCUUAUGAAGGUCGGGUUGAAGUCUUCCACGAUAAUCAAUGGGGGACCCUGUGUGAUGAUGGGUGGAGUCCAGAGGAAAUGAGGGUCGUCUGCAGCAGUCUGGGAUACAACCCGACUACGACUAAGGCGUUUUUCGGUAACGGAACUGGUAGGAUCUGGCUGGAUGAUAUUGUAUGUACUGGUAUGGAACCGAGUAUAGCCGAAUGUCAACACAGUAAAUGGGGUGUACAUAAUUGUGGUCAUCAUGAGGAUGCUGCCGUUGUUUGUAAACCUGUUGAAUACCGUCUAGUAGGUGGUUCUGGACCACAUGAAGGUCGUGUAGAGGUUUUUUUCAACAAUGAAUGGGGUACAAUCUGUGAUAACAUGUGGAGUACCAUAGAUGCUGAAGUGGUGUGUAAUGGACGUGGUUUCAGCAGGAUUGGCGCUGAACCUAAAAUGGGGGCGUUUUUUGGACAAGGUCAAGGUCCCAUCUGGUUGAGUGACGUCGCUUGUGAAGGCGGUGAAGCAUCAAUCAGCGAGUGUACACACAGUGGUUGGAGGAGACAUAACUGUACCCAUGCCAACGAUGCGUCUGUUAUAUGUAAAUAUGGACCUACCGAGCUGAUGCUAAACACUACCAAUAACCAACAAAUUGUAAAUGACCAGAUGGUUAUUGAUGCUAGAGAUGGGGAGGAGGUGAUUGUAAACUGUGUUACUGAUUGUGUACCGGAUUGUAUGAUCCACUGGCACAAAACUAAUAAGGAAAACGUCUACAGUGACGCGUUGUCUAACAAUAGUAGACUCGUACUGUCACCGAUACAACGGAAUCAGAGUGGAGAAUAUUUCUGUAUGGCUAUAAAUCCUGAAAUCAGUACCACCCCUGCCACCAAAUCAGUUUUCAUAAAUGUUGUCUACGGUCCAACUGAAGUACGUUUUACCCUGUUUAGCGACGUGAUGGCCAUGGACGGGGACAUAGAUCAGUUGACUAUCGUGGCGAAUAAUAACAUUUCUAUCAACUGUUGGGCAGAGUGCUAUCCAACUUGUCUCAUCAACUGGUACAGGACAAGCCCCAUCAGCGAUCCUCUCCCAACUCGGAAUGGUGAACUCAUCUGGCUGAUGGCCAGGGCAGACCAGACCGGUAAUUAUUACUGCACCGCCAUCAACCCGCAACUCACGGAUCAAAGAAAAGUGAAAGCUAUUGAUGUGGCGAUUAUCAUGCCUAAAUUCUAAUCGCAGCUUAAGUGGAGGUUUUCAAAUUGAAAAUACAAAAGCUGAUGUCUGGUACACAACUAAAAUAGACCAGGAGGUUGAUUUGUAAAUACUGUAAUCCUUUAAAAGGUGAAGAGGAGAAUAUAAUAACGGAAAUAUACAAGUUAUUGAUCUGAAAAUUAUUUAAAUUUGUCAGAUUAAUUUUUUUUAAUUUGAUUGAUGUUAAAUUUUAAAAUGGCCAUUUUAAAAUUGAAUUAUGACCAAAUGAAGUUUGACAAUUAUCGUAAAGUGCUUGGGGUAAACAAAUAGCAAUUUAUUUUCAUCAGUCUAUCCAAACAUUUUUCACUUCUAAGAUUUGUUGUGAACUUUCUGGCCAUUUAAUCUUAGGCCAUAUAAACAAAAUUUAAAAAUAAAUGAAAUUAAUACGGUAUUUAAUCUUAUGUCAUAUAAACAAAAUUUAAAAAAUAAAUGGAAUUAAAAUGGUAUUUUUGUAAAAGUGCAUUCAGUUGCAUUAAUUCCACUGUUUAGUUGUAUGCACGUAUUAUUGUAUUCCGGGUAUUUUGGGUACAUUGUGUAUUAUUUUAUUUUAUAACGGUACUGAUAUUUAUUAUUAUUUUUAUCGUCUCACCACUGUAUUAUUUUUAAGGAUCUUUGAUAAAUAUUUUUAGUAAUAUGUUUUGAAAGAGUUUGUCUAAUGUAUAACGUCAAUGAGAAAGAAAACAUUUGCCCUAGAAAGUCGUGAACCUAGCAGAAUCCACGAAUAAUAUUCACGAAAAUAGAUGAAGCCUUUUCAUUGGUUCAGUUUUAAAAUCGUAGCACACAUUUCAACUCUUAGCCAAUGAAAAGCCUGCAUUCUUUAAAAAAAGGUUUUCUUGAAUCAGGCCCCAGGUCGGUAUAUAGUACACGUACAUUGAUUCGUUGGAGGUUUAUAUAAUCGUAUAUGUAUUGUACAAAACAUUUAUUUCACGUCUUAUUAUUUAUCAUGUAUAAUUAUCUAUCUUCGGUUGCCGGUGUGGUGAAUUAUCUCCCUUGAUUUUGAGAUAGUAUAUUGAUAUAUCUACUUGGUUGUAAACUUUAUGUACGAGCGAAAUAUGCUUAUUUGUGUAUUCAAAGGUUAUAUAAAUUAUUAAGGAAUUAAACAACUCUCUAGAUCAUCGAGUGACCGUUAUUUUGUAUCGAUUAAAGCACAAUCAUUAUUUAAUAAUUUAAUGUAAAACGGAAUAACCGAGACAAUGUUGCUUGACAAUGGGGGCUAUAGUGUGAAAACUUCAAGCACUCAUAUCUUCACUCAGGAUCAAGUAAUUUUCAAUAUAUCUAUUUUUUUCUAUUUCUGAACUAUUAUAGCAAGCACGGUGAGCUCUGAAUCUAAAUGUUACAUAAUUUAUCUUCAAUAUUAUUUUUGAAAGAGAGUUUCCAUCUUCAAUAGAAGGAACAGUACAAUAUUGGCAUCCAUAAUCUACCCGUCCUUAGUGACAUAGAUCUAUAGGCUAAAAUUGAUAAAAGAAAGAAGCUAUUUCAUAUAAAAUCACAACGACGGACAAAUUGUUUUGGUAAUGACAUUGGAAACUAUAUAAAUAAAUCUGAUUUGUACACAACAUGUUAUGUGUUUGUAU